UGGCACUCCCUCUAUCAUGUGAUGGUGCUGUGACCUAGCAAUUGGUUUCCAGACUUGAUGCCUGUCACAUGGGAGGAGGUCACAAGCCCUACCAUACUUGGAAACCAGGGGCGGACUGACAACUCAUGGGGCCCCCGGGCAAUAGGGGAUCAUGGGGCCCCUGUAUCCUCACCCAAACCCAAAAAAGCCUAUGAAAAAGCCAAUGAAAGGUACCAGGGGCAUCUGAUGGGGCCCCCUACUGAGCCCGGGCCCUCGGGCAGUGCCCGAGUGCUCAAAUGGUCAGUCCACCCCUGAU